AUUGUCUGUAAGGACAUAAUAUUCUUAAUAAUUAAUUAAAAAAAUUGAAGAAAAAUUGGUAAAUUUAAUUUUAAAAAAAAAAACCUGCCACGCCGAAUUAUAAUUGUGUACGUGGAGAUAGAAGAGCUCGUGGAUGGCGGUAAACAAACGACACGUGGAAAAAUAAGCCAGAUAACAACCGGCUAUUACCAGUUUAACUUCUCAAAAAUAAAUAAAACCAUCUCAUCCUUGUGCCGGCUGUUUAAUUUCCAUAUACGGAAAAUUUACCCAAAAAUAAAAAAUAAUAAAAAAUAACGAAAAAUUGAAAACCGAAAAUAAAUAAAUAAAAAAGAAAGAAUAAAGAACGAAAACCGAAAAAUAAAAUAAAAAUAAAAUUAACUACACGGUUGCACGCACGGCUUUAUUUCUUGUCCUUGUUGGUUCUGGUUUUCUGGGUGGUUCUUUUUAAUUUUUUUAAUUUUUAAUUUUUAAUUUUUAUUUUUGGUGUUUGUGGAAGAGAAAAGCAAUCAAUCUCGGUGAGCUAUCUUCGAUUCUCAGGCGGUGAAAGAAGAAGGUUCGGAUAAAUAAAUAAAUAUAUAUUAAAAAAAAAUAGAAGAAAAGUGAAUCUCAUUGUACGGUAAUCAUCGGAUAAGGGGAUCGGAGGAUGGGACGAAACGGCGUAGGAGGGGUGAUUCCGUCGCCGGCGACGGUGAUAGCCUACAAGCUCACGGAGGCUUCUAGUUGGUGGCACGAUAUCAAUGAGUCUCCGCUCUGGCAGGACCGCAUCUUUUACCUCCUCGCUGCUCUUUACGGCGUCGUUUCCGCCAUUGCUUUGAUUCAACUGGUUCGGAUACAAUUGAGAGUGCCUGAGUAUGGUUGGACCACGCAGAAGGUUUUCCACUUUCUCAAUUUUGUGGUGAAUGGGGUUCGUGCAUUGGUAUUUGGAUUUCGCCGGGAUGUGCAAAAUUGGCAUCCGCAGAUUGUCCAACACAUCUUGCUUGACAUGCCAAGUCUUGCUUUCUUCACGACCUAUGCUCUCUUGGUUUUGUUCUGGGCCGAAAUUUACUAUCAGGCACGAGCUGUAUCUACUGAUGGACUGAGACCAAGUUUCCUUACAAUUAAUGCAGUCGUUUAUGCCAUUCAGAUUGCUAUGUGGUUGAUAUCAUGGUGGAAACCUAUUCCAGUUGUGAUCAUCCUAUCUAAGAUGUUCUUUGCAGGUGUAUCCCUGUUUGCAGCCCUUGGGUUUCUUCUAUAUGGGGGAAGACUCUUUUUGAUGUUGCAACGCUUUCCUGUUGAAUCCAAAGGUCGCCGUAAGAAGCUGCAGGAAGUUGGCUAUGUUACAACCAUAUGUUUUACAUGUUUUCUUGUCAGAUGCAUAAUGAUGUGCUUUAAUGCAUUUGAUGAAGCUGCAGAUCUUGAUGUUUUGGAUCAUCCAAUUCUAAACUUGAUAUAUUACCUGUUGGUGGAGAUAUUACCUUCAUCAUUAGUCCUGUUCAUUUUGAGGAAGUUGCCUCCUAAACGUGGGAUCACGCAAUAUCACCCGAUUCGCUGAGAAGAAGUUAAGGGGACAACGAUGGAAAUCACCCAAGAGAGAGGGGAGUUAAGAAUUUGUUGACUUCACGAGAUGCUUAUGUUCCCCGGGAAGAACAAAAAUUAACAUUUUUGUGCUUUUAGUGACAAGAUGACAAUGGAUUCUGGAAAGUGUGAGUUUGUUCUCUGUAAGGGGUUGUAGAGUUGUCAAAUAGAAAUGACUUUUUGGUUUUUAGAGACUCAGGAAUGCAAGGUUUGGAAAUAUCAGUGUCAAUGGAAAAGAUCUAAGGGACUUAAAUUAUCA